AUGGAAGGAGAUAACAAAGGAGACACAGACAUGGGUUCCCCUUCAAAUUCACAGCAAACAAUUUCUGAUGAUGAUGAGAUAGAUUAUACUGUAAAGCCAGAAUUCUACGACCCAGAACUUGACGAUAAAGAUGAAUUAUGGGUUCAAAAGAAAAGGAAAGGAAGUGAUUCUGAUGCUGUUCUUAGUUGUCCUGCUUGUUUCACCACUCUUUGCCUUGAUUGUCAAAGGAUGUAUAAUGAUUGGAAUGUGGUGCUUGACUGUUGUCUGUGGCAAUGUGAAACCUCGCAUACACGAGAUGAAGUAGUUGGACUUUGGAGAUGA